UGUUUCUCUAGAUUCGAUCGCAUGUAUACGAAAGUGAAAUAAUAAUAUCAAUUAAAUGCUAAAAGCAUUCUAUGUGUUAUACGAUAUAAAUACAAACGUUCCUCAUACAAAAAAUACGGAUCGUGUUUUGACGUUGAUUUUUACUUAUCACGUUCAUAACCCGACCGAGCUAAUCAUUCACUCGCUAGUAACAAUUUUAAGCGUUUGUUUUUAUUUAGAGAGUACAGAAGAUAUUGAUCAUCCACCACUCGUUCUGAAAGUCGAUCCGCCCGAGGAGUUACUAAAAGACUCCACCGAGGAUUCGACGACUGGCAAUUCGGUGGUUGCUCUGACUGACCAAGAUCAGCAUAUUUAUGAUGAAGCAAAGAGCCAUGUAGUGGAAUCAAACGACCAAGAAUCUACAGUUGUGUCUAUCAAGUCGCCCAAUAAGAAACAUUUUCCUGUGCUAGCUAUCUCGAAGCUGGGAAACUCGUUUGGUCUUAAUGAAUUUUCAAACCCCGUAACGAAUAAAUCAAAGUCGUCUAUAUUAAGGCCGCCGCAAUUAAGUGUGAUAACUAAUAGUUCUGUGAGCGCUAUCGACAAAACUACCGUUUUACAACCAGCAAAAUUUCACAAUCCAUUUGCAAAGUCUGUCGAUAAUCCUAUAGAUGAGGACGAGCCUGUAACGAAGAGCAAUAAGACCGAAACGAGUAAGGAUUUUAAAAGCGACGAGAAAACUACAGAAGAUGUGAAGCUAAAAUUCUUGCCUUUGGGUGCGAGCACCAAGGAGAAUGAAAAUAAUGUAAAUAAUACUGUGGCGUCCAGCGCAUCCACUCCUAGCUUUGUGUUUGGUCAGAAUUUGAAGGAACGCGUCACCGUUUCAAACGACGCGGAACAUUUGAACAAUUCUGACAAAGAAGAGACAAACAGCAAUGAAAGUAAUGAAAAUGGGUCAUCUGAACUCCUAUUUUCUAAUGCAGCUGCAAAUUGCCGUGCUACAGUGAGGCCGGGUUUAACGUUGACUCAAGCAGCGCAAGUGUUGGAGGAAGCAAAUCGCGCGAACAAAAGAAAAUAUAAUCAAGUAACAUUGUUAACUGGUGAAGAGGGAGAAACAAAUGUUCUUCAGAUAAAUUGCAAAUUAUUUGCCUUUGAUAAGACCAGUAGCAGUUGGCAGGAAAGGGGGAGAGGUACGCUAAGACUCAACGAUCGAGAUGAGGAAUCUCGUUUAGUCGGUCGUACUGCUGGCACGCAACGGUUAAUUCUGAACACAAAAGUAUGGCCGGGUAUGACUGCGGAACGUGCUGGACCUAAGUCGUUAAGACUGACUGCUAUGGACGUCCACGGAGAUAUUCGGAUUUUUAUUGUACAAGCGGCACCUAAAGAGGUCGAUCAACUGCACAGUCUUUUGUUACAGCGACUUAAACGUGCGCAAGAACGUCAUCCUAAGAAAUUGGCGACGGACCAUUGACAACCAUAGGCGAUUCUGGCGAAACAUUAACCACGUCAGCUUAAUUUGUGCGACAUAGAAGUGAUUAAGAUACGAGAAAGGAGCUAAAAUCUUCAGGAAUGUAAGACUAUUUAGUAUGCGCAAUAUAGAACGGCUAUGAUUUGUGCCUUCCUUCAGAAGUUGCAGUUUUUGGCAAUUUGCACCAGUAUUUACUGAAAGAGGGAAUUUAAGUUAUACUUUAUAUGAGUUUGACACUUUUGUACACGUUAAAUUUUUUUUGAGAAUACAAAGGUCAUAAACUUUUAUAAGGUUUAUAACCUUUUAUAUUAAUGUAUUCCUUUUUUAUUUGAGAUUGAAUAUAAUUUUUAAAUGAGAAAGAGCGUUAUUUAAAAAAUAGAGGUUAAAGAACAUCAACGUUAAUUGUAUAUGUCGUAACAAGUUUUAAAAUAAAUCACAAGUUCUCAUUAUAAAUAAGAUAAUAUCUCAAAAACUUUACACGUCUAUAUUUAUAUUGAACUGUGCGCAAUUGCUUAUCGCGGGCAUCUUUUUUUGUCCAGGAAAUGUGAUGUACAUCACAAUUAUAGAUUUAACUGAAUAAUUUGUAUGUAUAAUUUAUCAUUUGAGAAAUAUAUGAGAGUGAUUGGACAGGUACGAGUUGUAGUAUUUGUAGCAUGAAAUAUUGCCGUUACUUUUGUACGUUAAUUUGUAUUUAAAGAAUGCUUUGUGGGGAUGUACAAUACAACGGCAUUAUUAUUAUUAAUAUUAUUACUAAUUAUAUAAGUAUACUGUUCUAUUUUAGAUGUAAAUAAAAUCUUCGAUCUAGUGAACGAAUUUUA